GUUAAUUGUGUGUUGGGGGCAUGAGGGGGCACCUCGUUGUAUUCGUUGGUGGCUGUGGUUGACGUGUACAGUGGCAGCCAUGGAUGACAUGAAUACUAACUGGAUAAAACAAGAGAUAACAGAUGAGGUACCUUCUGAGCCGGACCCUAUGGUUCUCGAAGAUCCAGAGGGGAACUCCUGCCCCAUGGACUUUAUCAAAGAGGAUCCUGAACUGCAUGUGGAUGAAACUGAGAAUACUGUUCUUGAAGAUCCAGAGGGGAACUCCUGCCCCACGGACUUUAUCAAAGAGGAUCCUGAACUGCAUGAGGAUGAAACUGAGAAUACUGUGUUAGCCUCAAUGAGAUGUGCUUCUGAUAGUGUAAGGUUGGUUCAUAGUAUGGGUGAGAGCUGUGGCAUUUCAUUUGAAGAAACUGUUCAUGAAGGAGUAAUCCAUGACAAGCUGGAGAGAGGUGCAGAGGACACAGUACCUGUCUACAUAUGUGGUACCCAUACACAAGGAUUGACUUUGCAAGAGGAUAGCUCAUUCAGCACCAGACACAAUUGUAGUUUGAGUGAAAUGGAAUUGCAUGAAUUUAGUUGCAGUUUCUGCUUACAGAUAUUUCCUUCAAAAUACAGGCUUAUAAUGCAUAUCUUCACGCACAUUGAUGGUGUACAGCCACCUAUAUUUGUUUGUAGGUCAUGUGGGGAGGUAUUUUCCAGUAAAUCUAGCUUGAACAAACAUUUAAAAGGGAGUGGAGGAGAUGAAGCCUUAUCUGCUGGCAAUAGAGAGAUAGUUGACAGCUGUGAUGAGCAUGAAAACAUUAUCUUGGAAGAUGAUAAAGCAGUUUCUGUAACAGAACAAGCUGAGAAGCAGUUUUCACACAAUGAAACUUUGAAAACUUCAAAGAAUUCCAUGAAAGACGUAUGUGACACACUCAGUAUAACACAUGGUGCAGAGAGACAAGACAAAAGUGAUAGUUAUGGAACUUUAUGUACAGCAGAUAAUGCCAGUACUGAUGCUGCUGUAGUUACUGUAAAGAGACCCCACAAAUGUGAUAUCUGUGGCAAAUCUUUCAUUGAAUUGCGUUAUUUGAAGAUACAUUCGUUGAUUCACACUGGAGAGAGACAGUACAGAUGUGAUAUUUGUGGCAAAUCUUUUAUUCAGUCGGGUCAUCUCAGCAGUCAUACAUUAAUACAUUCUGGAAAGAAACCACACAAAUGUGACAUUUGUGACAAAUCUUUUAUUGAGUUGCGCUAUCUCAAGAGGCAUUCUUUGGUUCACACUGGCAAGAAACUAAACAAAUGUGAUAUUUGUGGCAAAUCUUUUACACACUUGCGUAAUCUGAAGAGGCAUGAAUUACUACACGCUGGAUAUAGGCCUCAUAAAUGUGAUAUUUGUGGCAAAUGUUUUGCUCAGUUGGAAACUCUCAAGAGCCACAUAUUAAUGCACUCUGGAGAGAGACCCCACAAAUGUGACAUUUGUGGUAAAACUUAUACUGAGGUGCGUUGGCUCAAGAGGCACGCAACAAUCCACUCAGGAAAAAGACCACACAAAUGCAAAAUUUGUGGCAAGUCUUUUACUCAGUUGGGUCAUCUUAAGAGUCAUGUACUAAUACACACUGGCAAGAGACGUAAGGAAUAUGCUACCUAAGGCAAAGAAUUUGCCCUUUCUGGUGCCCUCAAGGUCCACAUGAUAAUACAUAUUGGAGGAAGACAUUGACACCUGUGAAAAUGCUUAACAUGUCAGGAUUCUGAAGAUAUAUGCCGCAAUAUGCAGUAGAAAGAAGUUGCCGCAAUAUGCAGUAGAAAGAAGUCACAGAGAAUGUGACAGAUCCAUUUGUUUAGCUAGACAUUUCACGAAGUUGCAGUACUAAAAAUGAGAAACCAAUCACCCUAUGUGGAUUCUGUGAUUGAUACUCCUAUGUCCCUGUUGCACUUCAGAAGUUCAUCAUUGUAGAGAAAUUGCUUACCUACAUUAGUAAUUGAACAUAUCAUGCAGUAUUCAUCACUCCACAUAGUUGAAGGAAAUGUAAUGGUUUGUCAGUUAUCAUUUUAAAGAUGGGAUCUCAAGACUCAUAUUAGGCAUAGAGCAGGAAAAAAUAAAUUCAUGGCAUAUGCUUCACUCAGGUUAGUAUUUGGAGAAAGAUCACAGUAAAUUGAUGAGUGUGGUAGUUGAUACUCGGGCAUACUUACACAACAGUAGUGCCGUGUAUGUAAUGUUGUCUACAUAUGUGUACUUAUUCUGCUGAUCCUCUGUUAUGAAAUAUCUGGUAAUGGCAAAUAUAUGCUAAUGAGCCAGAACUAGAUCAUGGGAUUAAUAGUGUGUUGGCCCACCCUUGGAACACUUUGCAGCAGUCAUUCUGCAUGGUCUGAUUUCCAGAGCUAUGUUGUGCCAGAUGUCUAUACAUAGAUCACUCAGUUCCCAAAUUGUAGGCCAACUGGUUUGUGAGCACAGAACAAAUGCCAAGUUAGCUUCCCAGAUGUGUCCCACUAGGUUUGUAUCAGGUAAAUUGGGUGGCCAAUAUGUCAGUAUGAGUUGUUGCCACGAUUGGCAUUGUGACAUGAACAAUUAUCCUGGAAGAUGCUAGCAUUGUAGGGUCAGCCAUCAAGCAUGAGGGCUGUAGGUUGCUGCAGUAAUGGUCUUGUAGUCCACAGACAUCAUUGUCCUUCAGUUAUCGUUUGUCCUCUAGCAGCCCAAGUGAAUGCCCCCCAUUACAUAAUACUUCAUGCAUUGACUGUGUCUCUGGGGUGGUGCACAUUUUGAGCAGGUAUUCAUCUGCAUGAUGACAUAUUUGGACAGUACUAUCAACCAGCUGUAACAAGUAAAAUCACUUAUGUGUCCAGGUGACAUUUUCAUUGGACUGUGAUGCAAUCCCAAUAAUCUUGUGCUCACUGCAGUCAUAAUUGUCAAUGUUGUUGGAUCAAAAUGGGAACAUACAGUGUUCGUAUGAUGUGGCACUGUUGUCACAUCUGCUAGUGUCACUGUUUCUGUUGCUUUACAGAGAGGAUAAGCCUCUUACCUUCACAUUCUGCAAAAAGACAUGGAUUUCUUAAUCUUUGUCACCAGUCUGUGGUUUCAGUGCCCUUGAACAACUUUUCAUGGAUGCUUACAAAACUAGCACACAAACAGCCAACAAGUUCUGUCGCUUUUCAGAUGCUCAUUCCCAGGCAGCAGGCACUAACAAUCUGCCCUUCAUCAGAGGCCGUUGUUGUGGUCUUCAGUCCAAACAUUGGUUUGAUGCAGCUCUCCACACUACUCUAUCCUGUGCAGUCUUCCUCAUCUCUGAAUAACUGUUUCAAUUUACAUCCUUCUGGAUCUGCCUAGUGUAUUCAUCUCUUGCUUCCACUCUAUGAUUUUUACUGCUCCACCUCCCUCAAGUACUAAACUGAUUACCGAGCGAGGUGGCGCAGUGGU